UACUACGAAGCGCGGAAUCUUCAUGUUAUGAAAUCAAUCGCUAUCUGUUUGCUGUUAAAUUGCUUGGAGAGAUGAAGAAUAGCAAGCCGCAAGCGUGCUAGAACAAUCAACCAGACAUGGAGGGGUUCAGUCCAAGUCACAAGGCGAACCAAGGCUUGGGACGCGAUUUCUAUGCCCUCGUGCAUGCAGGCCACUGCCUCCCCCGUCGUUAAAAAUGUUCACUGAUGUUGCAAAAAUUGGUAUUCCCUUGUGUGCAAAUGCCAUGUCACCUGUUCGAGGGCAGAUGGCCAUGUUGUCGACAGAAACAAUUGAUCCAAGACAUGCAGUCCCGUUUGUCACAGAUGCAGAGAAAUGUACCAUGAAGCGAAGCGGCCUUUAUUGUUGCUGCGACGGGUAUCCCGAAUUCGCGUCUCCAAACUAGACAGUUUGCUCCCACCGGCGUUGAUCCGUAAACACCUUGUUGCUACUCAACCAUGAAGUUGACAGGCAACCAGCCAAUACCAUAUCCACCACCAAACAGUUCCGUUCUAUGUGUGCCGCAGUUUGAUGUGCAGCAUGUCCCGAGGGGUGCAUGUUCCGUAGGAACCCUGAGUUCGCCUGAUCACCGCAAGGUUUCAGAGCGACCGAUGUGGCGUCAUUCCGCGCUGAGGGGAGGAGUCGACACCGAGCCCAAGUUGUCUGAUGGCUUAGAGGAUGAUGUCAAGAGCUGAUUGGGUCGAGUGAGGCGAGGCGUUUAUUUGGAUCUCGCUCUCAUCUUUCUUCUCUUGCGCUUAAGGCGUCUCACGCGCUUCUUUCUCCACUUCGCUCUCAUCUUGAAAUCUUGGAUUUAAAGAUGAGUUUUGCUUGUUGGUGAUGGGAAAGAGUUUCAA